AUGCGCCUUUGGCUCGACGGAGUGUCAAAAGAGCGCCCCCGCAUCAAUUUGGACGGGGUUGAAAUGGCCUCGCGAUCCCCAUCGAUCACAAUGAUGGUGUCGCUCAACGCACUCGACAUUGAAGGAUCGUUGACUCGAUUUCGAAUGUUUGAUGGUGUCGCCGUCCGUUCCGACGGGGGCGACGGCGCCAAUGCGACCCAUCUCCUCACGGUGUUCCUCACAACAACCACAAGAUGUCAUAAGCAUGGAGCUCAUCCGCCAUCCGAGACCGUCUCGGACGGCAACUCAGACCGCAGUACGGACACACCGGUUAUCUGA